AUGAAGAUUAUCACUAAUCUGUUGAAGGAUUCAGAGGAUGAAUAUCUCAUGCAAACAACGGCUUCGAUAAAUGAAAUCAAUCCCAUUAUUGACAGAAUAAUGGAAGAUGAGUCUGUAGAAGGUGUUGUAAUGACGAAUAAAGAAGGUGCUCCAAUCCUAACGAAUAUAAACCUGAUGGGUGCAGCGAAUUACGGAACUGCCAUGCAAAGCUUGGGAUUUAUGGCACAGGCGUGUGUUAAAGAAAUAGAUCCCUUUGACGAAGUUAUCAUAAUGAGGACGAACACGCGCAAAUUCGAAAUCAUGUUGGCACCCGAUCCCGAAUUCAAUAUUGUAGUGUUGCAGCGCUCAAGAAUCAAAUCCAAACAAAAGAAAUAA